AUGACUGAUAGCGUCAUGACAGACGAGGCACCACCGAAAUCGCAAGCUGGCGUAGGACUGAGACGCUUCGAUACCUCUAAAGGCGUCACACUUGGUGAUCAUGAUGCACAGCUUGGACUUGAUAAUUCCUCAGAUACCAUGAUUCCGCGACCGCGAACACCGAUGCUCAAGCGAGUCAAGUCCAACUGGCAUGGACUUCCAUCCCCACAAACACCUUCCUACACUUACGAUGUUUCUUCAUACCAGUCUACAGAUGUGCUUUUUGACGGCCACUGCGGCAACAAGAAAGAAUCACCUCGUUCUCCUGAGCGAAGGGGACGCGUUCGCCCGCCAGGCACUCCAGAUGCCGUUGUCAGUCACUUCAACACUCCAUUCUCGCCAUCAACGUCGGACAACGCAUUCUCUUUUGAAUCCAAAGAGCCGAGUGUCCUAUCUCAACGCAGACUAAGGGCCUUACCCACGUUAAUCGAGGUUGACGCAGAGUCGGCGCUUGAACACUCCACUCAAUCGUCAACUCGUCGCAGUUCUCGCCUGAAGAACAAGAUGAAGAAUCAAGAAGAGACCAAUUCGAUAUUCAAGCCAACCAAACGGGUCACUCAAGCUCCACCAAUCUCGCCGCAAGAGCCAUCACAGCAAAUCUUCACAUCCGCUGAGCCCGCCACUUCUUCCUUCGAGAUGGCUAUUGCUCAUGGUGACGAACUGCCCACUCUACAUUCCACGGACUGGCAGCUAAUGUAUCCACCCGGUGGGAGCAGCCAUCCAUCAUACCCGUGGCCGGCAGCAGAUCCACGUCUUGUCUUUGAACCGCAUUAUGUCCCUCUCAGGAACGGUUUGCCUGAUGUCUCCUACGUACCUGGAUUAAUCCUCCCGAUGGGAUGGCGUCAAGUCUGCUGGUCUGGACUCCAUCCUGUCGUCUUCGACCCGUUCCGCCAAGCAUUCAAACUCACUCCGGUGGGUCCGUUGCCUUUGACAUGUGAGGAGGUUCAUCAGGGUGGGCUCCAGAACUACAUUCCGGGUGGCAAAUCACAUCCAGAGUUCGGCUUGUUGCCGCAAAUGUCUACGUUCAGUGAUGGAUCUGACCACGAGGUUUUUAACUUCGAAGGAAUUGAUUGGGUGCUGCCAUGGUCGCACAUGAAAGGAAUCUCUGAGAUCGAUAGCGGCUUGGUAAGCAGCAUUAUCGGUGCCGACAUGAAGCAGCCUACAGCCCUCGUCACUUCAGUCGCCCAACCGAAAUCGCACUAUGUGGAGGCUCGUGACUGCCCAGAUCAUGUCAUCGAUCUUGAAGACGGUUGGCGCUGGCUGAAGGCGUUAGAUCCGAAUGGCACAGCGGCAUUCACACCUACGCCAGGUAAAACCUGGAGCGGUACAGGUAUACCGAUGACUUCUCGAAAGACCAAGCAACCUAUCGCCAGCCUUAUGGCGCUGGCUAUGAAGGAUAAAGACACAGAUGCUGGCAACUAUCUCGUUAAGCAAGAUCGAAAGAGGUUCUGCUCUUUCAAGAGCGUGGCCACACCGGUUCAUAUCGACAUCACGCUUCUUCAAGACGUCGAGUUCACGAUCAUGGAACUUUUGUGCUACUUCCCUUCACACUAUCAGUGGCGAGGAGGAGGUAGUCGUCUGUCACGCUCAGGAAUGGGUCCUAGCGAUGUUGCAAAUGUCAUUAACAUGGUCCGAUGUCUGCCUCCUGCUUCGACCUGUAAAGCCAGCACAGUCGACGGAUACAUAACCUGGCGGGAUCUUCAGGAAGACGGCUCUCGUAUCCACAAUGAGCCUCCAGACAUGGAAGCAACCGAUUACACGGCAGAACACUGGUCCAGCCUCAUCUGGGAGGCACAAGACUACCCUCUCCUUGCUAUUGCACUCGGGCUACAGGAGCUGCCCUCGGGUCUCAACGCUGGGCCUAUCACAGCACUCAUCAAGUGGUGCCGCGAGAAUGACCGCAUCCAAGUCAUGCUCAGCGACGUGCCUUCCUUGCUCAGAGAGGCCAACAUCGAGUCACCGAUUGAUCCUAGCAACGGAUUCGACCCUGACAAGGGGUUCCUCUCACUCCACGCUGAAGUUAUCAAACUAGACCGCAAGCGCGUGAUCCAAGAGAAGAAGGACCUUCAUUCCGACAAAGAGAGGAAGUCUAGGAAGAGGAAGUUCGGUUAA